UAAAUAAGUGAAAACACUGCACCACCACAACUGUUAGCUAACUCUCUCUUCUUCUUUCUUCCACAAUUCACUCACAUUAUCUCUCAUUCUUUUCUUUUUCCAGAAAAAGGUACCAUUUUUACAAUUCUGUUAUAAACUUUCUUUAGUUAUCUAAAAUGUUUCUUGUAUGUAAGCAUUUUCAAGAUUAUUAGUUCAUCUGAUGAGGUUUAGAGUUCUUGAAAAAGGGGAAAGUAUGGAUUUUUAUGAUAAUCUAGAAUUUCCAUGAAAUGCAUGUAUAUAUGGAUUUUGAUUAUAGAGGAGUUGUAUACGUAUGUACAUUAGGUGUAUUUCUUGUAAAUGUGGUUUCUGGUGUUACAAACCCGAAUGAUUUCAAGAUUUUGAAUGAUUUUAGAAAUGGAUUAGAGAAUCCAGAGCUCUUGAAAUGGCCUUCCAAGGGGAAUGAUCCGUGUGGUCCACCUGCAUGGCCUCAUGUGUUUUGUUCUAGUGAUAGAGUUACCCAAAUUCAGGUUCAGGGUUUGGGCUUAAAGGGUCCUUUGCCUCAGAACUUGAAUGAACUAGAGAAGCUUCAAAAUCUUGGCCUUCAGAAGAAUGGUUUUAAUGGGAAAUUACCUACUUUCAGUGGAUUAUCUGAUUUGAAAUAUGUAUACUUGGAUGAUAAUCAAUUCGAUAUGAUCCCUGCUAAUUUCUUUGAUGGUCUUAGCAAUGUUCAAGUUUUGGCAUUGGAUGAGAAUCCCUUUAAUAUGAGUGGAUGGUCUAUUCCAACUGCGCUGCAAGAUUCAGCUCAGCUGGCAAAUUUUUCUUGCAUGUCUUGCAAUAUUGUUGGACCUGUGCCUGAUUUUUUCGGAAAAUUGCCUUCUCUCACUGCUUUGAAGCUGUCAUAUAACCGUUUAACUGGUAAGAUACCGGACAGUUUUCGUGAUUCAAUGCUUCAGAUUUUGUGGUUGAAUAAUCAAAACAGUCCUGGAAUGACUGGUCCAAUCGAGUUAAUUGGUACUAUGGAUCAGCUUAUGUGGUUAUGGCUUCAAGGCAACAGUUUUAGUGGACCAAUUCCUGAUACAAUUGGUGGUUUGACUUCUUUGAAUAAUCUUAAUCUUAAUGGAAAUCAACUCGUUGGUCUGAUUCCACAAGGUUUGGCGAAUUUAAAGUUGAGUGUGUUAGACUUGAACAAUAAUAAGCUAAUGGGUCCUAUCCCAAAGUUCAGAGCUGCUAAUGCUACAUAUUCCUCAAAUUCGUUCUGUCAACCAACUCCAGGUGUUCCUUGUGGUCCCCAAGUUAACGCACUUUUAGAUCUUCUUGGUGUUUGGAAUUAUCCAGCCAAUCUUGCUUCUGAAUGGUCCGGUAAUGAUCCGUGUACAGAUCCUUGGUUGGGAAUUAGUUGCAAUCCUAAAGGUCAGGUUACGAUUGUUAAUCUGCAGAACAAAAACCUUACGGGUAAGCUUAGCCCUUCACUUGCAAACUUGGAUUCACUGCUUGAAGUUCACUUAAAAGGAAAUAGUUUGCACGGUCCAGUUCCAGCAAACUUAACAAAGCUCAGGUUCUUGAGAUUGUUGGACUUAAGUGGGAAUAAUUUUGAUCCACCAUUGCCGAAAUUUCGGGAUGGUGUGACAGUCAUUACAGAUGGAAAUGCUCAUCUUGUUGCUAAUGUAACUGUGGGGGCUCCUCCUCCGAGUAUCGGCCCAUUUCCCCCAUUGAGCCACAGUCCUAAACCAAGUAAGGAGUUACCACUGCAAAGCCCGUCACCCAGUGAUAAUCAGCCAACAUUAUCAGAUACGCCACCUUCCCCAGAGAAAAGUUCAAGUUCAGGAUUGAAGACUACUCCUAGUGCCAAAGAGAAGACCACAUCAGAGAACCAUGAGAAGACCGUGAUAAUUAUAGUCGUGAGUGCAGUUUCUGUGGUCUUAGCUCUUCUUGCCGUCUUUUUGUUUUUCAAGAGCAGGAGAAAACGAGAGAAGGACUCGAUUACUACUGUUAUCCACCCCAAAGACCCAUUCGAUCAAGAUAACAUUGUUAAGAUCACUGUCUUAGAAGAUCCCAGGAUGUACACUGCAAAGAGUGAUGCUACAACUACAAGUAGUGGUGGAAAAGAAGGUAGCCGAGUAAUUGAGAUUGGAAACCUUGUCAUUUCAACGCAGGACCUUCGGAGGGUAACCAAUAAUUUUGCAUCAGAGAAUGAGCUUGGUCGUGGUGGCUUUGGAGUUGUUUACAAAGGUGUAAUUGAAGAUGGAAUUCAAAUUGCAGUGAAGAGAAUGGAAUCUGCGGUUAUCAAUAGCAAGGCAUUGGAUGAAUUUGAGGCAGAAAUAGCUGUGCUUUCUAGGGUUCGGCAUCGCCAUUUAGUUUCUCUUUUGGGUUACUCCAUUGAAGGAAAUGAGAGGCUUUUGGUGUAUGAAUAUAUGCCAAAGGGCGCUCUGAGUAGACAUCUUUUCCGGUGGAAGAUCCUGAACUUAGAGCCUUUAUCAUGGACAAAGAGACUCAAUAUUGCUCUAGAUGUUGCUCGAGGGAUGGAGUACCUUCAUAAUCUGGCACACCAGAGCUUCAUACAUCGUGACCUCAAAUCAUCAAACAUUCUUCUAGAUGAUGAUUUUAGAGCAAAAGUUUCUGAUUUUGGAUUAGUGAAACUCGCUCCUGACAAAGAAAGGUCUGUUGCAACAAGGCUUGCAGGAACAUUUGGAUACCUUGCUCCUGAGUAUGCUGUGACCGGCAAAGUCACAACUAAAAUAGAUGUCUUCAGCUUUGGGGUGGUGUUGAUGGAACUUGUGACUGGACUAACUGCCCUUGAUGAGCAUCGAUCCGAGGAAACUCGAUAUCUAGUUGAGUGGUUCUGGCAGAUAAAAUCGAAUAAAGAGAAUCUCAUUGCUUCCGUUGACCCAGCUCUUGACGCGAAGAAAGAUAUCCACAAGAGCAUUUUCGUCAUCGCUGAAUUAGCUGGACAUUGCACUGCCAGAGAUCCUAAUCAUAGGCCUGACAUGUCACACGCUGUAAAUGUGCUUGGCCAACUAGUUGAGAUUUGGAAACCUGUAGAAGAAUCCGACGAAUAUUCAGGAAUUGACUAUAGUCUUCCUCUGCCAGAGAUGUUGAAGGACUGGCAAGAUGAAGAUACUGGAGACUUCACUGGUACUAGUCAAGAUAGCAGAGGAAGUAUUCCUGCCAAGCCAACUGGAUUUGCAGAUUCUUUUACCUCCAACGAUGCUCGGUAAGUGAAGUCCGUUCUGGAAAAUUUGCUUUCUGCUCGUGCAAAUAAUUUAUGGAGGUGUUGCGUUCAGUCUAUGGUGAAUAUACAGAUACCGAGUUGCCAUGAAUGAUUGAUCAAGUGAUCAAACUGGUGUCGUCCAGAUACAGAGCAAAAACCUGAGAAAUCCUUUCAGUUUUAAUGUUGCUCACACAGUUUAUUUGUUUCAAAUAUUUCUUAUAAAGUUAUUUAGAAUAGCUUGGUUCAAACUGCUGUAUAAGUUAUUUACAUGAUACUGUUGAGGAUCUUGUUUGUUUUCUGAGGGUAAGCUAUUGGAAACAUAUGCAUGCUUUCAAGGAGAGUGAUGUUCAAAACAAUUAUGUAGAAAAUGCUUUAUUUUCUUGAUCAUAAGAAGUCUUUAUACA